AUCCCUGUCAACAAUGGAGGCGUGCAUUGGUUGGCAGCAUGUGUGGACUUGAAGGCCCGGCAUAUUGAUUUAUACGAUCCAAAUAUGGGAAAUAAAUAUGUCCAGAAUAGAGAGUUGAAGAAUGCGGAAUGCCUUGCGUAUAUGCUGCCUUACCUAUUGAGGGAUGGGGGAUAUUACGGGAAGAAUCCGGACGUGUCUCCCACUUUAGAUCCAUUCACGAUGACCAUGAUCAAAGAUGCACCCCGCCAAGAUAAUGGGGGUGAUUGUGGCGUCUACGCUCUGAAAUUUAUUGAGUACAUGAGUAGUGAGGAGAACCCUUCAUUUGGUCCGCAAGACAUUAUGUUUUUUAGAAAAAAAUAUGCUGUUGAUUUGUACUUUAAUAAACUUUCAAUGUAGAUCGUAUGUUUAAUGUUAUGACGGUCUAUACUAAUGUUAUACUAAUGUUAUCUUAA